AUGUUUCAACUUCGUCACUUUUGCCACUGUGGUUCAAGAAUCCAAGCAAUUCGAGGACAAUUUUCAAUUUCCUACCAGGAUCGACAUCGCGCGCCCUCGUCUGGGUUGGUCGCAUGUGGGUUGCUCUUCGAUUCGCCGGAAAAUUGCCGGAGAGUCCCCCCCGGCGAGGCUGCGGUUUCUUCGACGACGUCGUCCUCGAUCGUGAAUAACAGUGAUGAUGAGUCUGGGAGCGGUGACGGCGAGAAUGAUGAGGCUCAAAGCUCGUAUAAAGGUCCUUUGGAUAUGAUGAACGCGUUGGAGGAGGUUUUACCUAUGAGGAGAUGGAUCUCAAAAUUCUAUCACUACAAAUCCAAGUCCUUCACGUGUCUGGCAGAGGCUUCAUCUUCUUCCAACAUCAAAGACCUUGCAAAACCAGACAAAGCAUAUGUCAGAAAACGCAGGAACCUACAUGUGGGAGAAGAACCGAAGCUUUCUACUGAGAAGCAAUGGGAGCGGGAUUUCAAAGAGACCCAUCUGAACAAGUCGAAGCACAUUAGCUUUGGCUGUUAA